AUGGACUCCCUGGAUCAGAUGCUGAGCGACCCCCUGGAGCUGGGGCCCUGCGGGGACGGCGCGCGGAUCAUGGAGGACUGCAUGCUGGGCAGCACCCGGGUCAGCCUGCCCGAGGACCUGCUGGAGGACCCUGAGAUCUUCUUCGACGUCGUCAGCUUGUCCACGUGGCAGGAGGUGCUGACAGAAGCUCAGCAAGACCACCUGAAAAAAUUCCUGCCUCACUUCCCUGACAACAACCGGGAGCACCAGAACAAGCUCAUCUCCGCCUUGUUCAGCGGCGAGAACUUCCGAUUUGGGAACCCCCUGCACAUCGCCCAGAAGCUUUUCCGAGAUGGGCACUUCAACCCCGAGGUGGUGAAGUACCGGCAGCUGUGCUUGAAGUCGCAGUACAAGCGCUACCUGAGCUCCCAGCAGCAGUACUUCUACCGCCUGCUCAAGCAGAUCCUCGCCUCCCGCAACCACUUGCUGGAGUUGGCUCGGAAAGGAGGCCCUGACAUGACCCUGCGGAGGAGGCACUUCCCACCCACCUAUGACACGGAGGAACGGGACAGGCGGACACAUCGACGCUACUUGAAGAUCCUGAGGGAAGUGAAAGAGGAGUGUGGAGAUACCACCGUGUCUUCUGAUGAGGAAGGUAAUGCCCUGAGACAAUUAUUUUUUAUUUUAGAUCAAAGCUCCUGGUUUCCAAGUUCUCCUGCACGUUGUUCAAGUCCACCAGUUCCCCUGCGAGUGAUCCCUACAUUGUCCACCUUGGAUAUGAGAACAGCAGACAAGAUAGAACUUGGGGAAAGUGAUUUGAAGAUGAUGUUGAGGAAGCACCGUGAGAAACGGAAACGUCAACCAGACCACCCUGAUCUAGUGACAACAGACGUGACUCUUGAGGACAUCAUUGCUCGAGUAAACGCUGGCAGGAAAGGUUCCAUGGCAGCCUUAUUUGACUUUGCAACUCUCAAGAAAAAGGUGAAGGAGAAGGACGAUAAGAAGAAAAAAAGGCUGAAGAUUAAAUCCGAGGUGGAAGACUUGGCUGACUCUCUGCUCAACACAGAUGGAAUCCCACCAAUGUCUCAGGACCAUUCCCCUAUCGCUCUGUCAUCUGUCAAAGAGGAACCUCUGGAUGAGAUGAAGCCAUGCCUUGGAAUAAAUGAAAUAUCUUCCAGCUUCUUUUUCCUUCUUUUGGAGAUACUGUUUCUGGAUGGGCCUGCUACUCUCUCUGUGCUGGAAGAUAAAGUUCUAGACUGGCAAUCUUCUCCUGCCAGUGCACUAAAUAACUGGUUCUCCUUUGCCCCAAACUGGUCUGAACUGGUUUUACCUGCCUUGCAGUACUUGACAGGUGACAGCACAGAUGCUCCUUCCAGCUUCUCACCUUUUGUUGAGUUCAAGGAAAGAACUCAGCAGUGGAAACUGCUUGUUUCUUGCCAUGAUCAUGAGAAAGAAUUGGCAGCACUGUUUCAGCUCUGGUUGGAGACCAAAGACCAGACCUUCUUCAAAGAAAAUGAAGACAGCUCAGAUGCCACAACACCAUUUCCCAGAGUAAGGACUGACUAUGUGGUCCGACCUAGCACAGGAGAGGAGAAACGUGUGUUUCAGGAGCAGGAACGUUACCGGUACAGCCAGCCCCACAAAGCCUUCACCUUCCGCAUGCACGGCUUUGAGUCGGUGGUUGGGCCUGUCAAGGGGGUGUUUGACAAGGAAACCUCCUUAAACAAGGCCCGAGAGCAUUCCCUGCUGCGCUCAGACAGGCCUGCCUAUGUCACCAUCUUGUCCCUUGUUCGUGAUGCUGCUGCUCGCCUUCCUAACGGGGAAGGAACUCGUGCUGAGAUUUGUGAGCUGCUUAAAGAUUCCCAGUUCCUAGCUCCUGAUGUCACAAGUGCUCAAGUUAACACUGUUGUUAGUGGUGCUUUGGAUCGAUUACAUUACGAGAAAGAUCCCUGUGUGAAAUACGAUAUUGGGCGCAAGUUGUGGAUCUACCUGCACAGGGACAGGAGUGAGGAGGAGUUUGAACGGAUCCACCAGGCUCAAGCUGCUGCAGCAAAGGCCAAGAAAGCUCUUCAGCAGAAGCCAAAACCCCAAGCUAAAAUGAAGUCCAGCAGCAAGGAGAGUUCCCUGAAAACGCUCCCCAGCAGCACCUCAGAGCCCAGCCAGCUGAGCCUGAGUGACUCCAGCAUGCCACCAACCCCUGUGACUCCUGUGACACCAACUGCACCAGCAUUACCAGCAACCCCCAUUUCACCCCCACCAGUGUCCGUGGUUAGCAAGAGCGUCUCUAGUGCUGGGUCAGAGCCAGCAAAACCCAGCCAGAGUGUUCUUCUGGUGUCAUCCCCCACCAUGCCUCAGCUUGGGACAUUGCUCUCCACAGCCCAGAGUCCACAGGCACAGGCAGGGCCACAGCCACCCCCCAGCAGGGUGGUCAGUCACACCACCUCCUCAGGUCUGCCCCAGGUCCGGGUGGUCACUGCCCAGUCCAGCCUCCCAGCUGUGUCCCAGCAAGCCCCAGUGGUAACCCAGCAGCAGCAGCAGCAGCAGCCUGCAUCAGUGCCUCAGAUCCGUGUUCCCGCUACAGCCACACAAACCAAAGUGCUCCCUCAGGCUGUGAUGACUCUGCCAGUAAAAACUCAGACCAGCCCAGUGCAGGUGCAGAGACCAGGCAGCUCCAUGGGGGGACAGACAGGCCUGCCUGUGACAGGGCUCUCUGCAGCACCCAGUCCUGCUGUCAAGCCAGUGACCAGCUCUCCAGGCAGUUCUGCUACAAGCACCUCCUCUACCACUGUCAUCCAGAACGUGGCUGGCCAGAAUAUCAUCAAGCAGGUGGCUAUCACAGGCCAGCUGGGCGUGAAGACCCAGCCUGGAAGCAGCAUCCCCCUGACAGCCACCAAUUUUCGGAUCCAGGGGAAGGACGUGUUGCGCCUGCCCCCGUCCUCCAUCACCACGGAUGCCAAGGGCCAGACUGUGCUGCGGAUCACCCCGGACAUGAUGGCCACCCUGGCCAAAUCCCAAGUCACUACUGUCAAACUGACUCAGGACCUCUUCACAGCAGCUGCGGGAAGCAGUGCUGGUGGGAAAGGCAUCUCUGCAACUCUGCAUGUGACAUCCAAUCCUGUCCAGACUGCUGAUUCUCCAGCCAAGACCAGCACGGCCACUUCAGCUUCUUCCAGCCCAGCUGGAAGCACAGUGGUUAAAGUGACUCCUGACUUGAAGGCUGCAGAGCCAACAAGCUCUGCUUUCCGACUGAUGCCUGCUCUGGGCAUGACGGUGGCAGAUCAGAAGAGCAAAGCCAUCACCACGGUGGCAUCCACCGAGGCCAAGCCAGCUGCUACCAUAAGAAUCGUGCAAGGGCUAGGGGUGAUGCCACCCAAAGCUGGGCAGACUAUCACAGUAGCUACUCACCCUAAACAAGUGCCCUCUUCCUCAGCAGUGAGCGUGGCCGGCACAGCCCACACCUCAGCUGUCUCCUUACCAGCCGUGAGUGCCACAGUGUCCAAAGCGGUGGCCGUGGCCUCGGGAGCUGCUGGGACUCCCAUAACUAUAGGCACAGGAGCCACCACUGUGCGGCAGGUACCCGUCAGCACCACAGUAGUGUCAACAUCCCAGGCAGGUAAACUGCCAGCACGAAUAACAGUGCCUCUGUCAGUGAUCAGCCAGCCAGUGAAAGGCAAGAGUGUGGUGACUGCCCCCAUCAUCAAGGGCAACCUCGGGGCCAACAUCAGUGGAUUAGGUAGGAAUAUCAUCCUGACUACCAUGCCAGCAGGGACAAAACUGAUUGCUGGGAACAAGCCAGUGAGUUUCCUGACUGCACAGCAACUCCAGCAGCUGCAGCAGCAAGGCCAAGCCACACAGGUGCGGAUUCAAACAGUCCCAGCCUCCCACCUCCAGCAGGGAACAGUGUCUGGCUCUACUAAAGCAGUUUCCACUGUGGUGGUGACAACAGCUCCAUCUCCAAAGCAGACCCAAGAUCAGCUAUGAACACUGGUUUGAAAAUGGAUCACUUUCCAAGAACUUCCCUGAGUCACCCUCCAUCCAACCAUCCAAGACAACCUAAGCACAGUCAUGGCUAAGGGCUGGACUGGAUUCUGUCACUUUUUUUUUGUCUGGAGUCAGCAUUGUGAUGUCUAGGUAGAAAAUCCACAG